CCGACGCCGACGCGUUCCCGCAGGAACCCGUCGCCGCACACAGUUCCUGUCUCUCUGUCGAGUCCCUCGCGCUUGAAAGGGGUUGGUCCGUUCAACGUCGAACCUUGUACCAGAGCACAGCCGGACGCAACGUCAGGAUCAGUUUAAUUGCGGGGAUUCACCGGUAAGAGAUGUCGGACAAGAAGGGCGAGUUUUACACCAGGCCGCCGAAGCUGGGCAAAUGGGAGGGAUUCAGGAAGUUCCUGUGGAACUCGGAGACCGGCCAGUUGAUGGGCAGGACUGGGUCCAGCUGGGGUAAAAUUCUGUUAUUCUAUUUAAUUUUCUACGCGGCACUUAUUGGUUUCUUCGCCGCCUUGCUGUCAAUAUUCUACCAAACGUUAGACGCGAAAAGACCAAAGUGGCAAUUAGACAGUUCGUUAAUUGGAAGUAAUCCAGGACUUGGAUUUAGGCCUAUGCCACCAGAGAGUAAUGUUGAGAGCACGUUAAUUUGGUAUAAAUCUAGCGAUAAGGGCAAUGUACAGUACUGGCAGAGGGAAAUUGAGAAGUUCCUCACUAUGUACAACAAGGACAAUAACCCGCACGCGGGCAACUUGGAGUCCUGCAACUCCUUCCAACGUCCAUCCGAAGGUAAAGUGUGCGACGUACCAAUGGACCAGACCUGGAGCCCCUGCCUCAAGCAACAGGGAUUCGGCUUCGAGUCCGACAAAGGUGGUCCGUGCAUUUUCCUCAAGCUCAACAAGAUUUAUGGCUGGGUGCCUGAAUACUACAACUCGUCCACCCUGCCCGAAGGCGACGUGAUGCCUCAAUCACUGAAGGACGUCAUCAUUGAGACUGAAAAAGAUCAGAAGCAUAAAAUGGUGUGGGUGACGUGCGAAGGCGAGAAUCCCGCCGACAAAGAGAACAUCGGCCCCGUACGAUUCAUUCCGGCCAGAGGUUUCCCAUCUCAAUAUUUCCCGUUCAAGAACGAGGACGGCUACCUUAGUCCCGUGGUCGCGGUCUGGUUCGAGGCACCCCGACGUGGCGUAUUGAUCAACAUCGAGUGCAAAGCCUGGGCGAGAAACAUCAUCCACGACAGGGUCGAGCGCAGAGGGUCGGUCCACUUCGAACUGAUGUUAGAUUAAGGCGGAGGCAUCGUUUCGACGUCGGCUCGGGGCUACUAACAACUGCCAUCACACUAAUAAAAAUACAACAAAAUACACAAAUUACAACAACAACAACAAGGCCGUUGGGGCUCGAAUUUCCAAUUUGAAAUAAAAACUAAUCUAAUUAAAAUUAAAAAAAUAACCAAAAAAAAAAUAAUAACAUUAAAUUAGCAUUGUAAACGGAGGUGACGGUCUAGUUAGCAUAUUUGAAACUUAGUUGAUACACGGAACCUUUUUAGCCGAGACCUCGGAACCUUUGUAGGGGUUUUGUUUUUCUUUUUUCUACAUAGACGUACCGGAUGGGAACGUUUCCGUUCCGGCGGGUGUCCCCCCUUCGUAGUAAAACGCAUUUGAUGGAAUUUAACACAAAAACGAAAGACGUUCUUUAUUUCCGUUGUCCGGUCUCUGUGAGGACAUAGUGGUUCAGUCUGGAUAGUUAGCUUUUAAGUGUUUUGUUUUACGAUUACUUGGCCAACCUCUGUGUGGAGGUUACGGCGGACCUGCAUUCGUCUUUGGGACGGGUGGACGUUCGUUUCAAUUGUUAGGCUGAUUUGUUGAGCGUUAACACAGUAAUAUGUGUAAAUUAUUUAAAAAAAAAUGAAGAACUCCAUACAGUCCGAUGCAAAAUACAAUAAAAAUAUACUUGUUAUUAUUGUAAAGUAUGAAAAAAAGUAAAUAAUAAUGUAUGUGUAUCGCAUACAAGAAGUAUUUCGUGUUGUGAUAGGAGCGAAUGAGAUAAAUUAUUUAUUUAUGAGUUGUGUACAUAAUAUUUCGUUGUAUAUUAGAUACUUUUUGCAAAAGUUACGGUUUUCAUUUCCUUUUUUAUAGGCAGUAACUCAGUUUUGAAGGCAUAAAGUUAACUUAAAUGUUAAGCACUGUUACCUAUGCUAGUUCUACUCCAGAACGAAGAUAUUGCAAAAAAAAGAUAUUGUUAUAAAUAGUAAUUACUUACAUAAGUGUUAAUUGUACUUUAGAGUCUAGAUCUUAUAGAAAAUAAUGAUAAUAAUUAUAUUCAGAUUUGUAAGAUUAAAGAGUAAACAGAUUAACAUUCGAUCUAAUCCAAGCGUAGGACUGAUUUGUUUUCGGGGUGCAUUUUGCAUAUCACAACCUAUCACCGGACAUGUGGAGACCGUGUCCACAACAUCACCAGCAAACCUUUGGCACAACGCACAACUCGACCCAAAAGACAAACAACCAACUCUCAUCCAAACGUCCAGAUGUGAUCGAAUCAACGAAACGUUAACAAUGUCUAAACCACAUCCACACAUACACACUCAAUUGAACAUCUGGGGGACCAUCAACUUUUACCAUGUAUAUCAUCAUUUUCGACGUUGCGGUGAUGUUGUGCGACUUUGUCUCGGACUUAAAUUAUAACUGGAGAUGUUUACUUAUUAGUUUUCGGUUGCUCAAUGGAUGCAAGCGUCGCCGCUUUACGAUUAUUCGCUAUACAUUUAAUCUCGUAUCAGCUAUAAUUUAAGUUGAUGGACAUAUUGAUCUCAAAACGAUGCUGAAUGAGGGAAACGGAGCGGUGCACCUUCACUCUUGACCGUUUCGUGGCAACCCGACGAAGAUGUAUGAAAAAAAAAAUGUUUUUGUGGUGGUUGGGUGCGAAAGGGUGUCGCAUAUUUUCAUCGCUAAAUACGCAUUGUUGUGCGCAUCAUCAGUAUAAAUAAAAUUAUUUACGUGGUUAUGUUGUUUCGAUGAGGAGAACAUGUGCACUGACACGUGCACCUUUAAACAAAUUCAAUAUGCUUUAAUGUAAUUUUUUUAAAAAAUAAAUAUAAAUAUUAAUAGUGGUUCUAACACAAUAA